AUGCUCCCGGCAGCCCUACUGCUCCUGCCCUCGCUGCUGGCGCUUCUGGCUCACGGACUCUCCUCGGAGGCCCCAACCAUGGGGGAAGGCCAGGCCCCAGGCAUUGAGGAGACGGAUGGGGAGUGGACAGUAGCCCCCACACCUGAACAGCCAGAACGAGGCAUCCACUUUGUCACAACCGCCCCCACCCUGAAGCUGCUCAACCACCACCCCCUGCUCGACGAGUUCCUGCAAGAGGGGCUGGAGACAGGCGAGGAGCUGAGGCCGGCGCUGCCUGAUCCACCUACGCCACAGACCCCAAGUCCCCUUCCCCGCCUGGCCAACCAGGACAGCCGCCCGGUCUUCACCAGCCCUACUCCGGCCAUAGCUGCAGCACCCACUCAGCCCCUGUCCAGGGAAGGACCCUGGAGCCUGGAAUCAGAGCCCCCUGAGCUUCAUGUCAUAGCUCCCCUCCCUGCAGGGCCCAGCAUGGCAGUGCCCACCACAGGUCCAGGGGAGAGGCUGGGUACUACACCCCCUAGCAGAGCAUGGACUCCAACCCAAGAGGGUCCAGGAGACAUGGGCAGGCCAUGGGCUCCAGAGGUCAUGUCCCUGACCACAGGGCUUGGGAUUGAGGGGACCAUCCCCACCUCCACGGCUUCAGGGGAUGAUGAGGAGACCACCACUACCACCACCAUCAUCACCACCACCAUCACCACAGUCCAGCCACCAGGCCCUUGUAGCUGGAAUUUCUCAGGACCAGAGGGCUUUCUGGACUCCCCCCCGGCUCCCAGUUCACCCCCUGAUGUCAGCCUGGACUGUUUCUACUACAUCUCUGUCUACCCUGGCUACGGGGUGGAAAUCAAGGUCCGGAACAUCAGCCUGCGGGAAGGGGAGACGGUGACUGUGGAGGGCUUGGGGGGACCUGACCCACUGCUUCUGGCCAACCAGUCCUUCCUGCUGAGGGGCCAAGUCAUCCGAAGCCCCACCCACCAAGCAGCCCUGAGGUUCCAGAGCCUCCCACCACCUGCAGGGCCUGGCACAUUCCAUUUCCACUACCAAGCCUAUCUCCUGAGCUGCCACUUUCCCCGACGUCCAGCUUACGGAGCUGUGACCGUCACUAGCCUCCAUCCAGGAGGCAGUGCCCGCUUCCAUUGUGCCACUGGCUACCAGCUGAAGGGUGCCAGGCUCCUUACCUGUCUCAACGCCACUCGGCCCUUCUGGGAUUCCCGGGAGCCCAUCUGCAUUGCUGCCUGUGGCGGAGUGAUCCGCAAUGCCACCACCGGCCGCAUCGUCUCGCCUGGCUUCCCGGGCAACUAUAGCAACAACCUCACCUGCCACUGGCUGCUGGAGGCUCCGGAGAGCCAGCGGCUGCACUUGCACUUUGAGAAGGUUUCCCUGGCAGAGGAUGACGACCGGCUCAUCAUCCGCAAUGGGGACAACGUGGAGGCCCCGCCCCUGUAUGAUUCCUACGAGGUGGAGUACCUGCCCAUUGAGGGCCUGCUCAGCUCCGGCAGACACUUCUUCGUGGAGCUCAGCACCGACAGCAGCGGGGCAGCUGCAGGCAUGGCCCUGCGCUAUGAGGCCUUCCAGCAGGGCCAUUGCUAUGAGCCCUUUGUCAAAUACGGCAACUUCAGCAGCAGUGCGCCCUCCUACCCUGUGGGCACCACCGUGGAAUUCAGCUGCGACCCUGGCUAUACCCUAGAGCAAGGCUCCAUCAUCAUUGAGUGUGUUGACCCCCAUGACCCUCAGUGGAAUGAGACAGAGCCAGCCUGCCGAGCUGUGUGCAGUGGGGAGAUCACAGACUCAGCCGGUGUGGUGCUCUCCCCCAACUGGCCGGAGCCCUAUGGCCGAGGGCAAGACUGCAUCUGGGGCGUGCAUGUGGAGGAGGACAAGCGCAUCAUGCUGGACGUCCGAGUGCUGCGCAUAGGCCCUGGUGAUGUACUUACCUUCUAUGACGGGGAUGACCUGACAGCCCGGGUUCUGGGCCAGUAUUCUGGGCCCCGAGGCCACUUCAAGCUCUUUACCUCCAUGGCCGAUGUCACCAUCCAGUUCCAGUCAGACCCUGGGACCUCGGUGCUGGGCUACCAGCAGGGCUUCGUCAUCCACUUCUUUGAGGUGGCCCGCAAUGACACAUGUCCAGAGCUGCCUGAGAUCCCCAAUGGCUGGAAGAGCCCGUCACAGCCUGAGCUGGUGCACGGCACUGUCGUCACUUACCAGUGCUACCCUGGCUACCAGGUGGUGGGAUCCAGUAUCCUUAUGUGCCAGUGGGACCUAACCUGGAGUGAGGACCUGCCCUCCUGCCAAAGGGUAACUUCCUGCCAUGACCCUGGGGAUGUGGAGCACAGCCGACGCCUCGUAUCUAGCCCCAAGUUCCCCGUGGGAGCCACGGUGCAGUAUAUCUGUGACCAGGGUUUCGUGCUGACGGGCAGUGCCAUCCUCACCUGCCAUGACCGCCAAGCCAGCAGCCCCAAGUGGAGCGACCGGGCCCCCAAAUGUCUCCUGGAACAGCUCAAGCCAUGCCACAGCCUCAGUGCCCCCGAGAAUGGUGCCUGCAGUCCUGAAAAGCGGCUACACCCAGUGGGGGCUACUGUCCACUUCUCAUGUGCCCCUGGCUACGUGCUGAAGGGCCAGGCCAGCAUCAAGUGUGUACCUGGGAACCCCUCACACUGGAGUGACCCCCCACCCAUCUGCAGGGCUGCCUCUCUGGAUGGGUUCUACAGUGGUCGCAGCCUGGAUGUUGCCAAGGCACCUGCUGCCUCCAGCACCCUGGAUGCUGCCCACAUGGCAGCUGCCAUCUUCCUGCCACUGGUAGCAAUGGCGCUCUUGGUGGGAGGUGUGUACCUCUACUUUUGCAGGCUCCAGGGGAAAAACCCCAUGCAGCUGCCCAGAACACGACCCCGCGCCUAUGACCGGAUCACCGUGGAGUCAGCAUUUGACAACCCAACCUACGAGACUGGAGAGACGAGAGAAUAUGAAGUGUCCAUCUAG